GCUAUAGCGAGCUAAUUGACUGCGCAAAGGGCUGCACGGGCAAAAGUGCAUGCGCAGCAAUCGUGCCAUACGUGCGAUUCAUUUUUCGUAGCGCAAGCUCGCGUAACGCAAGCAGUGUGCUCACAAAGCUUGCCACUUGUCCUUGCAAGCCGCUGUGCGCACGCCGCCGCUGCGCGCGCACGCAUCGCAAGGAUGAAAAGACGACGAGCACCACGACUGCUGCUGCUCUGCUGCGCCGUUACGCAAGCCCUGGAGCUGCGCGUGGCCACCGCCGUCGGCAGUCGCUUCCUCGAUAAGAAGGUUGAUGUGAACCUCGACGACGAAACUUUGACGAUCGGCGAGCUCAAGGACAUGUUGUCCAUGCGCUUCCCCGGCGGCCCACCUAGAUCGGUACAGAGGCUCUUCCUCGGGAGCCGAUUACUAAAAGACGACGAACCCGCCUCGUCAUUGAGGGAAGAUGAGGAGGAAGACGACGAGGAACGAACGCGGACGGCGCUCACGUUGGACGUCGUGCCGCCCGUCGCCGACGGCCGGCCGCGGCCGCCGGACGACCUGGAAGAUCGGGUCCGGGCCUACGCGGCCGAGAGCGCCGCGCUCGACCACAUGCGACGAGUCCUGGCCGACGAAUUCGACGAGGAUCUUGAGGAGGGGGAGGACGACGACGCGUUGGGCGUGUGCGCGCGCGUGGCGAACGACGUGCGGCGUCACGAGCGCGCGCUCCUCGCGUCGCUGGCACCGGAGCUCGAGCGGCGCAAGGCGAAAGUCACGGAAGGUAUCGUGAGGGACGGCCGCGGCCUCCUGGCGAAGCGGGACCCGCGCAAGGCCUUCUUCGAGAGCGGCCGCGCGGUGUCGAAAAAAGCCACGAUAGGCGAGCGCGCUUCAUUAAUUCUGGACAUGGAUUAUAAAGAGGGCGCCAAGGUCGCGCUCGGUCUCUUGGUGGCGGCGAACGUCGGCGUCAAGGACGCGGGCCGCAAGACGUUCCUGCUGCUGCUGCUGCCGGUGGCAUUGGCUCUCAAAACGCGGCCGGCGCGCUACCUCCAGAAGGUGCUGUGGUACAUGCUGCCGCGGGGCCCGCGCCACGCCGACGGCUUCUUCCAGGUCUUAUUGAACGGCCCGCAGCAGCUCAUCAUGGCGCUCGACGAGGAGGCGUAUUUGUACGAGCUCUACCGGCCGCUCGUGGCCGACGAGGCGCUCGCGCGGGCCGGCGACGACGGCUCCGAGCGGGGGCUGGCGCAGUACCGCGACGCCGACGGCUGGACCGAGGUCUCCGCUGAUGACGGCGACGACGGCGGCGAGGACGGCGAGGGCGAGGACGAGGACGACGAGGAGGACGACGAGGAUGACGAGGAUGACUAAAUAUGGUGAUG